AUGGGCUCAAAUUCAAGCCCAGAAAAUGGAAAAAACAGCAAUAAUGAUGUUCACAGGAGAGAGGAGCAUGAUGCUUCUGAUCAUGGGCCUAGUUCCAUAAGCAUCACGGUUUCGCAUGGGCACAACCUCUACGAAGUCGUUGUGCCCGCUAACUCCACUUUUGGUGAUCUGAAAUUAAUGGUUACCCAAAAUAUUUGUUUGGAUCCUGAGACGCACAAGCUCUUGUUCAGAGGAAAAGAAAAAGAAGAUAGUGAACAUCUUCAGUCGGCAGGUGUGAAGGACAUGUCAAAAAUAUUACUCGUGGAGGAUACAACAUGCAAAGUGGAAAGACCUGUAGAAGUUACACAAACAAGCGUGGUUUCGAGAGGAGGUGCUGCUGUUGCUGAAAUCAGAAAAGAAGUUGACGAGCUUUCUGAACAGGUGUCUGCAUUGCAAGCUGUCGUGGAUGGCGGUACCAAGAUUGAUGAUAAGGAUAUUGUUUAUGUAACGGAGAUGCUUAUGAGACAAUUACUUAAAUUGGAUGGCAUUGAAGCUGAAGGAGAAGGGAAAGUGCAAAGAAAGAUGGAGGUGCGUCGUAUCCAGAGUUUUGUGGAGACAAUGGACAUACUUAAAUCGAAGAACUCCAACCCCUUUAGCAACACUGGCAAUUCUGUUCCAGUUUCGACUGAGUUGGAGACAUUUGAAUCUGGUUCUAUUAGUGUAAAUGCCCCGCCAACUGGGCCAUCUUCUACUAAACUAACUCAGGAUUGGGAACAAUUUGGCUAG